AUGGAGGUGGAUGCAGACGAGAAGCGCCAUCGCACACGGUCCAAAGGUGUUCGAGUUCCCGUGGAACCAGCCAUACAAGAGCUGUUCAGCUGCCCUACUCCUGGCUGUGAUGGCAGUGGUCAUGUUAGUGGCAAAUAUGCAAGACACAGAAGUGUUUACGGCUGUCCUUUGGCAAAAAAAAGAAAGACGCAAGAGAAGCAACCCCAAGAACCGGCUCCUAAAAGAAAAUCAUUUGUAGUUAAAACGGACAACUCUUCAGUAGAUGAAUGUUAUGAAACAGAUGGAACUGAGGAAAUGGAUGAUAAGGAAGAGGAAGAAGAGGAGGAGGAAGAGGACUAUUCAGAUGAUAAUGAGCAAGUUGAUGAUGACGAGGAGGAGGAUGAAGAAGUAGAUCGGGAUGAGGAGGAGGUUGAAGAGGAGGAGGAGGAAGAGGAGGAGGAAGAGGAAGCAGAUGAAGCAGAGGAUGAUGAAGAGGAGGAGGAGGAGGAAGAAGAGGAAGAAGAGGAAGAAGAAAGUGAAGACCAUCAAAUGAAUUGUCACAAUACUCGAAUGCAAGACACAGAAAAAGAUGAUAACAAUAAUGAUGAGUAUGAUAAUUACGAUGAACUGGUGGCGAAGUCAUUGUUAAAUCUUGGCAAAAUUGCAGAGGAUGCAGCGUACAGAGCCAGGACAGAAUCAGAAAUGAAUAGCAAUACAUCUAAUAGCCUGGAAGACGAUAGCGACAAAAAUGAAAAUGUUGGUCGUAAGAGUGAGCUGAGUUUAGAUUUAGACAGUGACGUUGUUAGGGAAACUGUGGACUCGCUGAAAUUGUUAGCACAAGGACAUGGUGUAGUGCUUUCAGAAAACGUUAAUGACAGAAAUUAUGCAGACAGUAUGUCUCAGCAAGAAAACAGGAAUAUGAACUAUGGGAUGUUGGGGAAGUCUACCAACAAUGGGCUUACAGAAAAAAUGGUGGAAGAGAGCGAUGAAGAAGUAUGUCUCAGUAGCCUGGAAUGUUUGAGGAACCAAUGCUUUGAUUUGGCCAGGAAACUCAGCGAGACAAACCCGCAGGAAAGGAAUCAACAGCAAAACAUGAAUUCUCGCCAACAUGCCCGGCAAGAAGAUGAUUUCCAAGGAAGGACAUCUGAUAGGAAUUAUUCUGAUAUGAUGAACUUAAUGAGGCUUGAAGAACAGUUGAGCCCCAGAUCUAGAACUUUUUCUAGCUGUGCAAAAGAGGACGGGUGUCACGAAAGAGAUGACGACACCGCCUCUGUAACUUCAGAUAGGUCGGAAGAGGUAUUUGAUAUGACGAAAGGAAACUUAACGCUGCUUGAGAAAGCGAUUGCUUUAGAAACAGAAAGAGCAAAAGCCAUGAGGGAAAAAAUGGCAAUGGAAGCUGGAAGGAGGGAUAAUAUGAGAUCCUAUGAGGAGCAGUCUCCGAGACAGCUUUCUGGAGACGACAGGAAGUCUAAGUCCAGUGACGGCCAUGUCAAAAAGCCAUAUUAUGGUAAAGAUCCCUCAAGAACAGAAAAGAAAGAGAGCAAAUGUCCUACCCCUGGGUGUGAUGGAACUGGCCAUGUAACGGGGCUUUACCCCCAUCACCGCAGUUUGUCAGGAUGCCCACACAAAGAUAGGGUCCCUCCAGAAAUUCUUGCCAUGCAUGAAAACGUUCUUAAGUGUCCUACACCAGGCUGCACAGGCCGAGGCCACGUAAAUAGCAACAGGAAUUCUCACAGAAGCCUCUCGGGAUGUCCUAUUGCUGCAGCAGAGAAACUGGCUAAAGCUCAAGAGAAGCAUCAGAGCUGUGAUGCAUCCAAAUCAAACCAGGCAUCAGAUCGUGUCUUGAGGCCCAUGUGUUUUGUUAAGCAGCUGGAGAUCCCUCAGUAUGGCUACAGAAACAAUGUCCCCACCACAACGCCCCGCUCCAACUUGGCCAAGGAACUAGAGAAAUACUCUAAGACUACGUUUGAAUAUAACAGUUAUGACAACCAUGCAUAUGGCAAGAGAGCCAUAGCUCCCAAGGUGCAAUCAAGGGAUAUUUCCCCCAAAGGAUAUGAUGAUGCAAAACGUUACUGUAAGAACUCGAGCCCAACUAGCAGCACAACAAGCAGUUAUGCCCCUAGCAGCAGCAGCAAUAUGAGCUGUGGAGGAGGCAGCAGCGCCAGCAGUACCUGCAGCAAGAGCAGCUUUGACUAUACCCAUGACAUGGAAGCAGCGCACAUGGCUGCUACUGCUAUACUGAACCUUUCCACUCGUUGCAGGGAGAUGCCUCAGAACCUCUCCACUAAACCUCAGGAUCUCUGUUCCAGGAACCCUGAUAUGGAAGUUGAUGAAAAUGGAACGUUAGACUUGAGUUUGAACAAGCAGCGGCAACGAGAUGGUUGUUGCACCAUUUUGACGCCCCUAGAACCAAUGUCGCCACAACAACAGGCUGUGAUGAAUAACAGGUGUUACCAGCUGAGCGAGAGUGACUGCUGGGAUUUGCCGGUGGACUACACAAAAAUGAAGCCUAGUAGGAUAGAUGAAGAUGAUUCAAAAGAAAUCAGUCCAGAAGACUUAGAUCCUUUCCAAGAGGCGCUAGAAGAACGAAGGUACCCUGGCGAAGUCACGAUCCCAAGCCCUAAGCCCAAGUAUCCUCAGUGCAAAGAGAAUAAAAAGGAUUUAAUAACUCUGUCUGGCUGCCCGUUGGCUGACAAAAGUAUUCGAAGUAUGCUGGCCACAAGCUCGCAGGAACUCAAGUGUCCCACACCUGGUUGUGAUGGCUCUGGGCAUAUUACCGGAAAUUAUGCUUCACAUCGAAGUCUUUCUGGUUGUCCACGAGCAAAGAAAAGUGGGAUCAGGAUAGUACAAAGCAAAGAAGACAAGGAAGAUCAAGAGCCAAUUAGAUGCCCAGUUCCUGGUUGUGACGGUCAGGGUCAUAUAACCGGGAAAUAUGCAUCUCACCGUAGUGCAUCAGGAUGCCCUCUAGCUACUAAAAGGCAAAAGGAUGGGUACUUGAAUGGCUCCCAGUUUUCUUGGAAGUCAGUGAAGACGGAAGGUAUGUCAUGUCCGACCCCAGGAUGUGAUGGUUCAGGACAUGUCAGUGGUAGUUUUCUUACACAUAGGAGUCUAUCAGGAUGCCCCAGAGCUACGUCGGCAAUGAAGAGAGCAAAGCUGUCGGGAGAACAAAUGCUUACAAUAAAGCAGAGGGCUAGCAAUGGUAUAGAAAAUGAUGAAGAAAUUAAACAGUUAGAUGAAGAAAUAAAGGAACUAAAUGAAUCCAACUCCCAGAUGGAAGCUGAUAUGAUAAAACUCCGAACUCAGAUUACCACCAUGGAGAGCAACCUGAAGACGAUAGAAGAAGAAAACAAAGUAAUUGAGCAACAAAAUGAGUCGCUCCUUCACGAAUUGGCUAAUUUAAGCCAAUCUUUAAUUCAUAGUCUAGCUAAUAUCCAGCUACCGCAUAUGGAACCAAUCAAUGAACAAAAUUUUGAUGCUUACGUGACCACUUUGACGGACAUGUAUACAAAUCAAGAUCGUUAUCAGAGUCCAGAAAAUAAAGCCCUACUGGAAAAUAUAAAACAGGCUGUGAGAGGAAUUCAGGUGUGAGCAGCUG